AUGACACUUCGUUACGAGACUUGCUCGUGCGUCGGAUAUACAUUUCCUGUGCGAGAAGAGAGUCCACUGAAAUCAGGAGCUGAUCCAAAACGAGCAGAAGCAUUAAAAGCUGCAGCACUAAAAAAACGAUCGAGACGAUUUCACACUGAAGAAAAAGGAUUCGCGUGCGAAGCAAUUCGUAACUCCUGGAUUUCACGGAAGAACGGUAGUGCUGAACUAGCUGAAACCGAUUUUUUCCCACGCUCUAUCAAAUUCGCCCAGCAUCCAUUCCGCCUGGUUGAAGCUUGA